AUGGAAACUCGAGCAAAUGGGCAUAAAAUAACCGAAUUAGAAGAGAAAGUGCUUCUUCAGUAUAUAAUUGAUAUGGAUGAUAGAGGGUUUGCACCUAAAUUGAGUGGUGUGGAAGAUAUGGCGAAUUAUAUUCUUCAGUCGCGAGGGGCAAAGAAGGUUGGAAAGCUCUGGGCUCAUCGAUUCGUAAAGCGUCAUACGGAAUUAAAGAUGCGUUUUAAUCGCGUUUAUGACUUUCAAAAAGCUCUCUGCAAAGAUCCUAAGCUUAUUGAAAAAUGGUUUCAAAUGGUAUUGAAUAUACGAGCGAAAUAUGGUAUUCAGGAUUGCGAUUUCUACAAUUUCGACGAAACAGGCUUCAUGAUGGGGAUUAUAGUUGCCUGUAUGGUUGUAACUAGUGCUGAACGAAAUGGCAGAAGCAAGGCAAUACAACCAGGCAAUCGAGAAUGGGCUACAGCAAUUAUAUGUGGUAAUGGAGAGGGUGAAACUAUACCUCCAUUUCUGUUGGGUUUCUUGAGACUAGAAAGAGCAUCAGAUUGA